AUGACAGAUAUUGAAGAUAACAUGGAAGGACAUACCGUUGCGACAGACGACCCUUCCAGUUUGAGCACAAAUUCUGAGAAAGCUAAUCUGCCUCCUGAGCCUUUGAGCGUUCAGCAAGAAAAAGCUCUGCAAGCGAUUGAGAUGAUUGUUGGUGAUUCUUAUCCCCGAUCAACUAUCAUACGGCAUUUAAAAAACACUAAUUUCAAUCGACCCGAGGAUCUAGUAGUAACCGAGGUUGUGAAUGCUCUGUUCGACUCUCCUAUCAUGGAGGAGGAUAAGAAAAGAUCGAUCACACCACAUCCUGUGCACAACACUCAUGAUGCUCGUAAUCAAACUAAAGAUGAUCUUGCUCUCCCAACAAUGGGACCUCACAAUAAGGAUAUAGCGGACAAAGAACAAACAGAAUUACAGAAAGCUAUAGAAGAGUCUUUGAUAACGUCAAGCGCUGAAAAAGUUUCGAUCACGUCUUAUUUAGCUGCCUUACCCGAGAAUCCUGAAGAUAUGCAAAGAGUGAACAGCUUUCCUUGUGGAAUGCAUAAUAUUGGACAAUCUUGUUGGUUUAGCGUCGUUGCUCAAUUAUUAUUUAGUAUCCGAAAGUAUAGGUAUUUAAUAUAUGAUCUAGUGCCUCAUGAUAACAUUCAACAUAACUCAUUAGAAGUUAAGUUCCUCCUGGCCAUUCGAGUACUGUUCGCGACAAUGGAAAAGAGUAACAAAAAGUUCAUAAAUCCUCUUCAAGCUUUAGAAGUUGUGAAUGAGAUAAGUAGGAAAAAAGAUGGACGAGAUGUUCUGAAUUGCCAACAGGAUGCCAUGGAGAUGCUUUUGCGACUUAUAGAUUGGAUAGAGAACGCAGCUUUGACCAUAGAGAAAGGUAGAGCAGAUGAGAGUAAAAAGAUUAAAGAUUCUGAUGAAACUAUGGAUUGUGAAGAGUCAUCCUCCAAGAAUUUGGCAUCCAAAAACAAUAUGUCCAUAGACGAUAUUUCACGAAGUGAUUAUCACAUGGAUGACCAAUAUAUUAAGUGCCCUGGAGACGCAACAGCUCCUGCUGAUGACCAUCCUAUCAAGAAUAUUUUUCUAGAAAAAUCCAUACAACGACAAGUAAUGGAAAACGGCUAUAAUGUAGUUAGUACCGACGUAUCCGUAUUGCAUCUUUUAAAUAUUCGUUAUGAUAACCUCCACGAUGCCUUUGAAGAUGGUUGUUUUCAAAACUCAGUUGAGAACUGGGUUGAGUCGGCUCCUAAGGUAAUGAUCUUCUCUUUAAAUCGGUUCCACUAUGAUAAGGUAGGAGGGUCCACUAAGGUUCACAAGCCUUUCCGUUUUCCUGAAGAGUUUUUCAUAGAUAGAUAUCUUCACAGUAAUGCUACUGAAAUUAUGAGUAUCCGUGAGGAGUUAAACCGCAUGAGGUACUGUCUUGCAGUUCUUCGUGCUCAAAUUGAAGGAUUGGAACAGUUCCCUAUGCCUGGUGAAGGACAACACUGUCGUCUUGCCGAUGCUUUCGAUACCACCUUAUCCUUCUUAACGAGAUCUGCUGUAUUGCAUAAUGAAAGCAGCUUGAACCAAACAGAUCUAGUUUCAAGCAAAUUACCUAAAAGCCUUCCUGAACCUCCACUUGUUCCCGAAAUUGAUAAAGUUCUGAAGACUUUGCGAACUAUUCAAGAAGAGAUAGUAGCGAAAGAGACAGAGUUAAACAUGCAAGCUAAUGAUAUAGAGUCAUCAAUCAAUAGUAUCUUCGAAAGACCAGAGCUUCAGAAGCAUCGGUAUCAACUUCAUGCUAUUGUCAUUCACGAAGGCGAGGCGAAUAUGGGUCAUUACUGGAUUUACGUUCGAGGCGAAAACGGGCAAUGGCAAAAAAUGAAUGAUCGCACUGUUGAAGUGGCAACAUGGAGUCAAAUUCAAAAGGAUGCUUAUGGUAUUGAACUGCCAAAUACGUCAGCAUAUGGCUUGGUUUACAUUGCCGAAGGAAGCGACCUACAAACAGAAACUGUGAAUCAACUUCCAUCUGAUUUGGCUGCUAUGGUGGAAAAAGAAAACGCAACUCUGCUGAAUGAUAUAAAAAGGCAUAGAAUGAAUCAAAGUCGCCCCUCCGGAAUGAUCUCUACUCAAUUGCAUUUGAACCCUGACAGCAAUCUGAAUGACCCUGGUGCAUUACAUUAUUCUUUGGACGACAAUAUGCAUCCCCUUUUCGCCAUGGAGGAGAAAAAAGCCAUCAAGAACAAGAUUGAUCAACUUCUACUACUCCUGCUCAGGUUAUACUCUCCAGGUUUUUCAUUUGAGACAGCGACUAAGCAUUUCUUAGAUCAACUGUUCAAAUCGACAGGAAUAGAAGUCUUAAAAGACUUGAUUUCCAAGGACGGUGAUUGCGAUCAGCCUGAAGCUUAUUUCAAUCAACUGGACAUGGAGCAAUGUAGAAAAAUAUAUGAGAGUUUUUUCACUAACUGGUACGCCAAGAGUGUAGGUUCUGAUAUGCGGCAAAAUGUGCUCAGUUUCUGGAAAGCGACAGGCUCACCAAUGCAUGGAAAAGUGUCUCGGUAUAUACUCGUAUUAUCACUUGCUCGAUCCAAUAUCACGCAAUUAUCGGCUCUUGCUAAGCAAGAGAUGUGGGAGUUCGAGCAGCAACGUAGUCAUGCAGAUUAUACGAUGUAUGCUCAGCUACAAAUGGGCUUCUAUGAUGUGAUGCGUGUUAGUUGGGCUUGUGUUUCUCGAUCUGUUAGUUAUCUGAGCUUGACUGAUAAACCUGGAAUGGAUUACUAUAACGACUUCGUUAAUGAAUGGAGCAACGGGUUGACUCAUGGAGUAUACUGUUAUCAUGUGAACAAAAUUUUUUAUAAGGAAAUCAGUAGUUUGGUGAAGCAAGAUAUUCGACGGUACGAUUUCGAAGGGUUCCUCACUCCUUUGAACACUUGUAAAGCAAUAAUUCUUCUGCCCCUUUUGAACAUUUUCACUUUUAUAGUUUAUGCUAUUUGCCAAUUGGAUAUAGAGAAUGACGAAUUCCAAAAUCUCAUCGUUCCUCAAUCCAAUCUCAUCAACUCAGCAGUUAUAAUCGUAAAAACCUUGGCUCAUGAAGAGGGCCGUACGAAAGAAGCAUCUUGCUCUUUUGUACUCCAACGAAUGAUUUCUUCGCUAACCGAUCUGAUUCGCCUUCAACGAAGCGAGGAGUUUCGAUGUGUAAUGUUGGAUGACUUGAGACGUAUCCUUACUGCUUCUUUAAUAGAUGAUUCUUUUCCUACUAUGUCAUUAGGUGUUAACUGGACGAAUAUCAUAGGAGACAUUGAGACUAUCAAAGUUAAAGUUGAAGAGCUUGAAAUAGAUUCAGAAGAAAGUGCCAUCAGACGAUAUGAGCGAAUGCUGGAAUCUGUGGACAUGAUGGUCAACAAUGCUGUAUCAACAUUACAAAACUGA